CCUGCCUCUUUGCUAAUGAGAGGGAGAAUGGGGACCCAGGGCAGCCCUGUGAAGAGCUAUGAUUAUCUGCUCAAAUUUCUGCUGGUAGGAGACAGUGAUGUUGGAAAAGGAGAAAUCCUGGAGAGUCUUCAAGAUGGAGCUUCUGAAUCCCCCUAUGCCUACAGCAAUGGGAUAGACUAUAAAACGACUACAAUUUUACUGGAUGGAAGACGGGUCAAGCUGGAACUUUGGGAUACAUCUGGUCAGGGGAGGUUUUGUACUAUUUUCAGAUCCUACUCCAGAGGUGCUCAGGGAAUUCUUCUAGUGUAUGAUAUCACAAACCGCUGGUCCUUUGAUGGCAUAGACAGAUGGAUAAAGGAAAUCGAUGAGCAUGCUCCUGGUGUUCCCCGAAUUUUAGUGGGAAAUAGGCUCCACCUGGCCUUCAAGCGGCAGGUACCAACUGAGCAAGCCCGCUCCUAUGCUGAGAAGAACUGCAUGACAUUCUUUGAGGUCAGCCCACUGUGUAAUUUUAAUGUGAUUGAGUCCUUCACAGAACUGUCCAGGAUUGUUCUCAUGCGACAUGGCAUGGAGAAGAUCUGGAGGCCCAAUAGAGUCUUCAGUUUACAGGACCUCUGUUGUCGUGCAAUUGUCUCCUGUACCCCAGUCCAUCUUAUUGACAAGCUUCCGCUGCCUGUCACCAUCAAAAGUCACCUGAAAUCUUUCUCCAUGGCCAAUGGCAUGAAUGCAGUGAUGAUGCAUGGACGCUCAUAUUCCCUAGCUAGCAGCGGGGGUGGGAGCAGCAGCAAAGGCAAUAGCCUGAAGAGGUCUAAAUCUAUCCGUCCUCCACAGAGCCCCCCACAGAACUGCUCACGCAGCAACUGCAAGAUCUCUUAGCAAAAUGAAGAACUCAGUGAGCAUAAAGACACCCACACCCACCCACCCAUGUACAAAUGUUUGCACAUUCAACUCUCUUAAAAGAAAAAAGAAAAAAAUGGAUCCCACUGUUAUUCCUUGGUUAAUCUCUUGCCAGGGUAUUUCACUUAGGGAAUGUUCCUGAUGGUGUGCUUGGAGUCUUGGGUUGGCUGAAUCUCAUGACACUGGCAGGGAAGUCUUGGACGCUACACCCUACCCAGAAAGCUUUGGGAUUGCCUCUUCACUUAGAGAAAGAGAGGUUGGGAAAAAAUAUGAUUGCCGGGAGGGAAAAUAAUUUAGCUAGUCUCAAAAGGAAUGGAAUAGUGGAGACUAGAGAGCUAAAGGGUGUGGUGAGGGGAACCUGUGCUGCCGCAUGAACCCAUAAACUCAUAAAUGAAUUGCCGGUGCUAUAGAGGUCCUUGAUUUAAAAAAAAAAAAAAGACUGAAAGGGUUUGGGGGUAUGGCAAUUUUGCGGUGGAUCAUACUGCUAUUGCCAAAAAAACAAACAAACAAAAAAGCUCUUGCGGAGCUGGCUGUUAAGGAUUUUAAAGGAAGCUUUGCCUGCCUUUUUCACUUAUUUAUAUAGAAGUAUAUAUAAUAUCUCACUUUUUUGGGUAAAUUUUUAAAAAGCAGUCAGGGAAACCUUUAUCAGCCAUGUGAUAAAGCGUUGCACUCAUUACUAGUGCAUCUGCUAAGGGAAUGAAAACACUUUAAGGAAAGCUAUGAACUGAUACAGGUGUUUUGCAGUGGCAAGUAUUUUUGAUGUUUGAGUACUCUUUCCACAAAGGUAAUAAGGAAUUUACUGUUAAAGCUUGAAAUGUUCUUUCUUUGAAUACACUUCACCCCAAGGGGAAAACAGGAAGAAUGUUGUGGAUUAGAUGAAGACGCCGAUAGGAAGAGGGAGGGGGAAUGCUGACUGGGAGUUUUCUUUGCUUUGCACAUCCUUUGCCUGCUUUUUGGUAGCUAUGCUGGACACAUCUGGACUAAUUUGUUCCUGUGGGUCUCCUCACCUCUGUCAUACAGUAUUGGGUAAUGCAAGCAUGGUAAGAGAAUAAAAGCACAGUUACUUGAAGCUGUCCUUUCUGGAAGGUGUGCACUUAGAGAAGCACAGGGCUCAGUCUGGAGUCAUUUUGGAUUUCAUCUGUUUACAGUUUUCCCUAUCCCAUUGACUCUACUCUGUCCUUUCAGUUUUCACCCAUCAUGUGUCAUUCCUUGCUUCUGAAGGUAUGAAAGCUUCAGCAGGCCUCCAAAUCAAAAGGUUUCACAGUGAGAAAAAAUCUGGGGGGUUACUCCAAUGUACCUUUCACACUUUUCCUCAUAUGCUCCCAUGACCUCGUGUGUUUUGUUUUGUUUUGUUUAUUUGCUACAGAAAUGUGCUGCUUCAAACUGGCCAUGGAAAUCAUUCCCUCUUUAUAUGUAAUGUUGUCUUCAUAUUUGUUGCUUGAUAGAUGAAAUAUGUGCCAGAAUGAAAAGUCCUAAGCUAUUCACAAGUUGUUAAAUACUUGAUUAAGGGAAGCCUAGGAGUAGUAGAGCUACUUUUAUGCUUAGUCUUUUGCAGAGAUAGUGAAUCCAUGAUUCUGGAUUCUUGGACUCCAUCUGACAUAGAGACAUAGACACUGUCCAUCUUUGUGACUGUAAAUGUGCUUGCCACACAUUCUUCUUUGUAAAUUAUGCAUAAAAUUGACUCAGUUUUUUCCAACAGCUUCAGCAUACUAAUCUAAUAUUUUUAUCACUCCUUUUCCCUAAAAAAAAAAAACUUGCUUUUCUCUGCUGCUGAUCAGAAACAAUAGAAUAAGCUUAACAACCAUCUGAAACUGUUCUAAAUCAGCGAAUUGUGUAGUAGUACUCAAGUGUAUACAAGGCUCUGGGCGCUGGUUUACAGGCAAGUUAAAUUUGUUUUCUUUGUAAUCUGGUGCAUUGUGAACAAAGAGCAUCCAUUUUCAACACUUAAAAGAUCUGUCAUCAACUCUUAGAUUCUCUGGAGUCCAUUUGGGAGAUAAAUAUUACAUCAUCAUAGAAAUAGCCUCUUUUGUUUGGUACAUGAGGACCACUGAAGAUGCCUUCUAAGAACUAAUUGCAUGUCCCAGUCACCAAAAGACUGGUGACCACAAAAACAACAAACCAAACCCAUCCUAUUGUGUUUUGACACUCACUGCCCUCAGCUUGUGAUUGAUUCUUGUACUCUUCCCAUUGCUCUUCUUAUGCCUUUCCCACUGAGUUCUGUCUCAUCUACAUCUGUGCCUGCGGGGGGUGUUGGGCUUAAGUCACAUCGGUGCUGUAUUCUACCUCUUCCUGUCUCAACUUCCCAACUCAGUGUUGGUGUGGCCACACACGGCAGCUGCUCCUUCCUUUCCAAGAGCAUAGACUGCCCUCAGCAACCACAGCAACCAGCUGGUGGUAGCUGGCCAGAAACCUCCUUCAGUGUACUAGUUGUAUCUUCAUCUCCUUUACCUUUCUCCAAAGACUCCAUAACAAAUCGCAAACAUGAAUUUCCCAAAUCAAGUCCCACUGCUUUAUAGAAAUCUAUGGAAUUCAUGGACAGAAUAAAUAGGCCUAACCUCUAUGGGCAAAUGGCUUUUUACUAAGCCUUCCUAGGAAAUAAAGGCUAUCAAUGUUUAAGAACCCCAUAGCCAUCAACUCACUCAAAUUCAGUGGAGCAGAAGACAAUCAUCAUCUUCAGAACCGAACAUUGAGGGAAGCAUGGGCUGAUGAAUGAAUUGGGAUAGUCAUGGGAGCUGAUUGUUCUUGGAUUUGGGGAGCCUUUUCUGGAACAUUCUCUCACUGCCUCUUGGGGAAUUCUGAGUCCUUAUCAUCCUAUGAUUUUGGGGAACACCCAUCCACUAACUGAUUGCAGUUUUCUAUGUGAGGACAGGGAUUGGGUUUCUUGCCUUUAUAGCAGCAGAAGGAAAUGAGAUGAUGGUUAAGGAUCAUUAUGACCUCUUUCUCUCAUUUCUGACGCUCUCCCUAGCUUUUCUAUGCUACAAGUCAAACCUGGAAGAUCCUGCAGACGUCUAAAUAAAAUGGAAUCUAUUUUCUUUGAAAAUCUGAAACAGAAUCAAAUUGACCUAGGGAUUGGGAGUGGGGUGGCGUGGGGAGAAAGGGAUUGAGGAAUGGUUUUGACAUUUAUGAUAUCAACACUAUUCUUAGCUGCUGUUUUGACACUUGUACCAUUCCUGUGUUCUAUUUGACUUUAUUUCUUUGUACAGUAAAUGUAAUUCAACUGUGAUAUACAUGUUUUGUUUUAUAUAAAUUAAAGUCUCCUUGUUUUUAAACAACUAAGAA